UUUUUUUUUUUUUUAAAUCCUCAUGGAGGUUUUCACAAAACUUGGUGAUUCUUUUUCUGUUUGCAAAAUGCUGGGUUUUUUUUUUUAGUGUAUCAUUGACAAAUUGCUUACACUGUUUUCUUUUGUAUUAUAAGGUAUUCGUAGGUGUCUUGGCACAAUAGAUUUUUUUUCCUUUUUGUCAUCACAAGAAUCAGUCAUUUUUGGCUGGGUGGAUUCUUCAUUAACAAAUUUCAAAACACACAAUGCUUUGGUUAAUUACAGAGCCACUUUUUUCAGCUUCCUCAUCAGAAGAUAGAUGUAACUAACUGUGUAACAUGCAGAUCAAAUUCCAGGUAUUUCAGCCAACUAUGCUGUUCAAGGACUAUUAUGAAUUUCUGAGUGGUUUUGUCGCAUUAAUUUUUCAUUAACAUUUACAGCAGUAAAGAUGAUCAGCUAGUUUACUGCUAAGAAGUAAUGAUCACAAAAAGCCAAAUUAAAAGCCAUUUUGUAAUUAAAGAGGCAUACUUCCAGCUGAUUCUCUCUUUUCCAUUACUUGCAAUAUUCGCAAUGUUUUGGAUUCGUGUUUUCAGAUGCCUUAGCCCUCUUCUUUCUUAUCUACAUGGGCAAAGUCAGGGUAGAGAUGGCAAUGGCAAGAGGCAGACAAGGACAGCGGAAGCAAGGACUGCCUUUUUUCAUUGUAAGUGCUGGAUAAAGAUGUACGUGAAACUUCAGUUUCAAACCAAUUAUGCCUCAGCCCUUCACCUGUCAGAAUAGAGUUAAUAAUCUGUUGUUUUCCUGUCCUGUCUUCUGCUAUUAUCUGUGCUACGAUCUAAAGGAGCACUGUUUUUGCUAUAAUAAUGGCAUUUCUAUAGUAAUUGCAGCCAUAGAUGCAAAGUAUUCCACUUGAAGUAGUAUUAUUCUGCUUGAAAUGUGACAUCCAUUGAUAACUUAGCUAACUAUAAGUGAACUCAAACUUUGCAUUUUUUAGCUAAAAAAAAGUUUUCUUGUAUGCUCUUGUUCUCUGAGAGAAACAUGAAACAAAAAUAUCUGUCUUUUAAGUACCCAGCCCCACACUUCCUGACUGACCCAGUAUGAACCACUGCUGCUCUGCACACAUUAUUUCCUCUCUUUGAAAAAAAAAAAUUGAAAAUUUAGCCACAGUCUGGCAAUACCUCGCUUUCCCACUGACCUUAUCUCUCAUCUUCUGGGGGCAGCAAGCUGCUCUUCACAGGAAGCAACAGCCAUAACAAAAUCUGUCCUGGUGAAAGAGAAGAGAGUGUCAUCAAAGGUGGAAUCAGAGCACAGAGGAAGAAACCUCCAUUUGACACUUCCUCGCUAAUCUCAGCAGUACAUAAUUCAUUAUUCUGCACAGGAUUAAAGGACACUGAAAACCAUAAAAGUUUGAUUUAAACAAAAAAAAAAAAAAUGCCCAGAAAGAGUAUAGACUAUGGAGUGCUGCCGGAAUAUGAGAGAAGCCAGAUCAAAAGGACCUUGGAGUUGGGAACUGUUAUGACAGUAUUCAGUCUUAAGAAGAGUAGUCCAGAAAGGAGGACUAUUCAAGUCAUAAUGGAAACCAGGCAGGUAGCAUGGAGCAAGACAGCUGACAAGAUUGAAGGUUUCUUGGAUCUGAUGGAAAUAAAAGAAAUUCGCCCAGGAAAGAAUUCGAAGGACUUUGAGCGUUGCAAAGCAAAGCACAGAGAAGAACACUGCUUUACUGUUUUUUAUGGUACCCAGUUUAUCCUCAACACCUUAAGCUUAGCAGCUGACUCUAAAGAUGAUGCUGAUAAAUGGUUGUGUGGUUUGAAUAUCUUGUAUCAAGAGGUCAUGAGUGCUCCUACACCUGCAAUCACAGAGAGCUGGCUGAGAAAGCAGAUCUAUUAUGUUGAUCAAACUAGAAGAAAUAGUAUCAGUCUUAGAGAGCUGAAAACUGUCCUUCCCCAAGUAAACUUCAAAGUGAGCAGCAUGAAGUUCUUGAAGGAUAAAUUUGCGGAAAUAGGCGCUCACAAGGAAGAGCUUAGUUUUGAACAAUUUCAUUUGUUCUACAAGAAAAUCAUGUUUGAACAACAGAAAUCGAUUCUUGAUGAAUUCAAAAAGGAUUCCUCUGUGUUCAUUCUUGGAAAUACUGACCGUCCAGAUGCUUCAGCAGUUCAUCUCCAUGACUUUCAGAGAUUCCUGCUACAUGAGCAGCAGGAAUCUUGGGCACAAGAUCUCAGUAAAGUCCGAGAACGAAUGACAAAGUUUAUUGAUGACACUAUGAGAGAAACUGCUGAACCCUUCCUCUUUGUUGAUGAGUUCCUUACUUACCUUUUUUCAAAAGAAAACAGUAUUUGGGAUGAGAAAUAUGAUUCAAUAGAUGCACAGGACAUGAAUAAUCCUUUGUCCCACUACUGGAUUUCUUCCUCUCAUAACACAUAUCUGACAGGAGACCAGCUUCGAAGUGAAUCUUCCACAGAAGCUUACAUCAGGUGCCUUAGAAUGGGAUGUCGAUGUAUUGAGUUGGAUUGCUGGGAUGGUCCUGAUGGGAAACCCAUAAUUUACCAUGGAUGGACACGGACAACAAAGAUCAAAUUUGAUGACGUAGUACAGGCAAUCAAAGAUCAUGCCUUUGUUACAUCUGAAUACCCUGUGAUUCUGUCAAUUGAAGAGCACUGUAGUGUAGAGCAACAGCGACACAUGGCCAAAGUGUUCAAGGAGGUAUUUGGGGAUCAGCUUUUAAUGAAGCCUAUUGAAGCCAGUGCCGAUCAGCUACCAUCACCAACACAGCUGAAAGAAAAAAUCAUCAUCAAGCACAAAAAACUGGGGCCAAAGGGAGACAUUGAUGUGAACUUGGAAGACAAGAAAGAAGAAAAACAACAACAAGGAGAACUUUACAUGUGGGACACAAUAGAACAGAAAUGGACUCGGCACUACUGUGCUAUUGCUGACGAAAAGCUUUCAUUCAGUGAUGAUAUAGAACAGAAUGCUGAUGAAGAUUCAUCAAAGGAGGUGAAACGUACUGAGCUACACUUAAGAGAGAAGUGGUUCCAUGGGAAAAUGAAAGAGGGGAGAACAACUGCUGAGAAACUGCUCCAGGAAUAUUGUGCUGAAAUGGGAGGCAAAGAUGGGACAUUCCUAGUUAGGGAAAGUGAGGCUUUCCCUAAUGAUUGCACCUUGUCAUUCUGGAGGUCAGGUAGAGUCCAGCACUGCCGGAUCCGUUCUUCAAGUGAUGGGGACAGUGUGAAAUACUACCUGACAGACAACCUCACUUUUGAUAGUAUCUAUGAUCUCAUUCAACACUACAAGGAGGCCCACUUGCGAUGUGCUGAAUUUGAGCUGCGUCUGACUGAUGCUGUGCCGAAUCCCAGCCCUCAUGAGACUAAAGAUUGGUACUAUAACAACUUGAGUCGGGGAGAGGCAGAAGACAUGCUGAUGCGAAUUCCCCGAGAUGGAGCCUUUCUGAUUAGAAAGAGAGAUGAGCCUGAUUCAUUUGCCAUGACUUUCAGAGCGGAGGGGAAGGUGAAGCACUUCCGAAUUCAGCAAGAAGGUCGCCAUUUUGUGCUUGGAACCUCGGCGUAUUUUGAGAGUUUAGUGGAGCUGGUAACAUACUAUGAGAAGCAUCCGCUGUACAGGAAAAUGAAAUUGCGUUACCCGGUGACUGAGGAGCUGCUGGAACGCUACAGCACAGAAAAAGAUAUUAACUCCCUCUAUGAUGUCAAGAUGUAUGUGGAACCCAGUGAAAUCACCCCUACAGUGCCUCAGAGAACAGUGAAAGCCUUGUAUGACUACAGAGCCAAAAGAAGUGAUGAAUUGAGCUUCUCUCGAGGAGCUUUAAUUCAUAAUGUCACAAAAGAAACUGGAGGCUGGUGGAAGGGGGAUUAUGGAGAGAAAAUCCAACACUAUUUUCCAUCUAAUUAUGUUGAAGACCUAUCAUCUGAUAACUCUGCUGACCUUGAAAGCCAGAUUAUUGAGGACAAUCCAUUAGGCUCUCUGUGUCGUGGCAUACUGGUACUCAAUACGUACAAUGUUGUGAAAAUGCCACAAGGGAAACACCAGAAGUCUUUUGUCUUCAUUCUGGAACCGAAGAAUCCAGAAGAUCCAUGUGUUGAGUUUGCAACUGAUAAGGUAGAAGAACUCUUUGAAUGGUACCAGAGUAUCCGUGAAAUCACUUGGAAAACUACAGAAGAGGAGAACAGGAGGAAAUACUGGGAAAAGAAUCAAUUGAUUGCUAUUGAAUUAUCUGAUCUGGUUAUCUACUGCAAGCCAACAAGCAAAACCAAGGACAAUUUAGAAAAUCCUGAUUUCAAAGAAAUCCGUUCUUUUGUGGAAACCAAGGCAGAAAGCAUUGUUAAGCAAAAGCCAGUUGAGUUGUUGAAAUACAACCUGAAGGGACUGACUCGUGUCUAUCCUAAAGGACAGAGGGUUGAUUCAUCCAACUAUGAUCCGUUUCGCCUCUGGCUUUGUGGCUCCCAGAUGGUGGCUCUUAACUUCCAAACUCCAGAUAAAUACAUGCAAUUGAACCAUGCCUUGUUUUCACUUAAUGGACGCACUGGCUAUGUUCUGCAGCCAGAAAGCAUGCGAAAUGAAGACUAUGACCCAGUGCCAAAUGACAUGAAGAGGAAAUUGCAGAUGAUUAUGACAGUGAGGGUUUUAGGUGCUCGUCAUCUCCCUAAACCUGGUAGAAGCAUCGCUUGUCCCUUUGUAGAGGUAGAAAUUUGUGGGGCUGAAUAUGAUAACAACAAAUUCAAGACAACAGUUGUGAAUGACAAUGGCCUUAAUCCAGUUUGGGCACCCUGUCCAGAGCAAGUGAAAUUUGAAAUUUAUGAUCCAAAUCUAGCAUUUCUGCGCUUUGUUGUUUAUGAGGAGGAUAUGUUCAGUGAUCCCAAUUUCUUAGCACAUGCCACUUUUCCCAUCAAAGGAAUCAAGUCAGGUUUUAGAUCUGUUCCUCUCAAGAAUGGCUAUAGUGAAGAUAUAGAGUUGGCUUCACUUCUGGUUCACUGUGAAAUGCAGCAAGUUCUGGAAAGUGAAGAAGAGCUUUAUUCGUCAUGUCGGCAACUUCGGAAGCGCCAGGAGGAGCUUAAUAACCAGCUGUUCCUUUAUGACACCCAUAUGAAUUUAAGGAAUCCUAAUAGAGAUGCUAUAUUAAAAGAAUUCAAUGUGAAUGAGCACAAACUACAGAUAUAUCAAGAGACGUGCAACCGCAGAUUAAAGGAGAAGAGAGUCAGUAACAGCAAAUUCUACUCUUAAAGCAAUCCUUCUUUGAUGUGUGCUUUAUGGUGCAAUUCAGGAAGAGAUACUGAUUUAUCCUGGCAAUCCUACUCAAUGACGGUCUCAUCAGACUGAAUGACUGGAAGAAGAGGAGGAGGAAGAAAGAUGGGUUUCCUUAAUAAUUUCUUGUUAUAAGAAAAACUAUUUUAACUCCUAAUAAUGUAUAUUCUGUACAAAGCAUACCCUCUGUGCAGGCCAGACCUUCUAUGUAGUCAAGAUUUUUAAAAUUUGAGGGCAUGUCAUUGGACAGACCUCACUUCUCAUUAUCAAUACCUGAAGUACAUUCACAACAAUUUGCAUGCAUGGAAUCACACCACUUUAACAACCCGUCUCCUUAAGAUUAACUGGUAGUGAUUUUUUAAUUUAUUAAAUGCUGUAAAAGCACUUCUACGCCAGCAUUGUCACGUCAUGUAUGUUACACUGCCCAAGGCAGCAGAUUGUGCUGCUGAUACUGUAUAAAAUAUUUUGGGUAGCUGAUAGCUCAUACCCUCUUGUCUCUUGUUAAAAGUAUUCUGUUACAUUUUUGAGAACUAGAUAAUAUGUUAAUUUUGUUGAAACCAAAUAUCCUCUGCGACUGUAGUUGUGUUUUUCCUGUUGAACUCUCUGUAAAGGUUUAAGAAAGGAAUGAUGUGUGAACCUGUAUUCAUAGCCUCUGUGAACCUGUGUUCACAACCUCAAGGCACUGGAAGGAAAAGUUUUAAGAUACGCAGUAGGAAGCAUCUGUUUGCAGAAAUGAAAAGUAUUUCAGAUUCUGAAGAGCAUUUACUUUGGUGCAGUAUCGUUUUGCAAAUCCUUUCAGCUGCUAAUGUGCUUAGAAAUUAAUUUUUUAAUGAACUGUCCAUUUUUAAUCUUGCAGGCCUGCUUAGACGAUAGCAUCAAAUGAUAAUGUUCUGUAAAUGUACACUGUUUUCUCAAAAGGUAUCUAAUCCAAGAAUGAUAGUAUACACAAAUACAGAGGUACAUUGUUGUUGUGGCUUUAAUCAAAUGAAGAACACGGAGCUACAUAUGAGAAGACUUGUUAGAUGAGCAAUUGUGUUUUCCUGCCAGAGCAGAACUGAAGUCCUUCAAUGUCAUAUUUAACACCGUUUGUCCUAAUUUGUGUGUGUGUUGGUUCUUUGUGCUAGCACUGUUAGUACUGUCAAAUUCCUAGUUGUUUUAUCUCUACAUGGGUGGAGUUUUGCUAUCUGUAUGCUUGACUUUAACUUUUAUACGUGUGCGGAGGAGUAAGAUUUUCUAAGUGACUGCCUGAGGCACAAAAUGCUGCAUACAUAGUGCUGUAUUUCUGAUCACAGAAAACUUGCAUGGAUUUUUGGAUUCAUAGCCUGAUGAAGCUGCCUCAGCAAUUUUCAGUUUCUCUUGCUCCCCAUGCUAUGUUCCAAGAGGCACUUAAUUGAUGCCAUUGUGCAUUCACAGAUGAUGUUUUGAGGAAACCCCUUGAGGUUUUAGUUAUUCUGUAAAGACAGACUUGUCUCGAAGAUGAAAGUGCUAUAAUAGUGUGUCCCACAAUGGGGUGGCUUCUGUAAAUGUUUUAUUAUAAAGAAAUUAAUUACUAAUCACCCAACUGAAAAAGAGAACAAAGUUAAAGGCAAUUCUUUGCUUUUCUUCCUCCUGCCCGAAAUCUCUUCAGUACCCAGUUGUGAUUGACCUGUUCAAGGAUUAGAUGGGUGCAAACCCCCCUCAAGCAAAUAAAAAAUCACAUCAACUGUGGAUAUGGGAGGCAGAGCUGUAACCUCAACUGCUGUGUAAAGCUGGGCUUAUCUGCGGUAUCCAGGCAUAAUGGGGUGAUCCAGUUGCUGUUCCUGGAGGGGGGACACCUUUGGUGUGUAUGCAUUUUGUAGCACGUUCUGGGAUGUGGUUAGUUUUGUCAUACGAUCGGUCCCUGUGCUAUAUAUUUAACAGCCUCCAUGAUUCCCAUUUAAUGUUGUGAGAACACUGUGUUGUCAGUGUUGAUCAGACAAGGUGGCUCAAAGCCUUGUCUGGAAGGUCCUGCAGUUGUUGCUACAGGUGGGUCAGGAUUUCUAGGCAGCUGAGUAGCAGCUAGGUUUGGUCACAAAAAAUAGGAGACUACAAGAUGCUAGAGCUUAGGAAGAUCAAACCCUAAAGCUUGAGGCCGUUGCCAUGGUGGGGGUUUUGUUCCAUUUUAUGGGGACUUUUUUUUUUUUUUAAAGCUCAGUUCCAGAGCAGACAUAACCAAAUUGUCCAUUUGUCCUGGCUUCUUUUGUUGGUAUGUAUAUUCCUGACAGAGGACAGCCAUUGUGUGAUGAAUACAGGAGUUCCUUGUGCUGCUGCUGUGCAAAUAUUUCAGAACUAGCACGUUUUGUAGCCCUUUGAGAAGUCCUGUACAUGUUUUCCACGCAUAUGUGAUGUCAAAAGUUGUAAGAUGCACUCCCUCAGUAUAUAUGAAAAUGCAUUGCAUUUUACAGUAAGACUUUUCCACAGAGUAAAAUGUUACACUGUAUUCUGAAGGGAAAAUACUGCAUUGACUGUUUUGUUGACUUGCAAGUGAUAGGCAAGGCUAUGUACUUACUCUUCUCUUGUUUAUUGCAUUCUGUGUUUUAACUCCAAAACUUCAUCUCUCAAUUCUUUGUCAGGGCAGACUCUGUAUCAACUUCCUCACAGUUGCAACUGUUGUAACAUGAAAGUAGGUUUGAAUGUGUGUGCUAAUUUUAUAAUCUAGGAGGAAAAACAUAAAUUUUUUGAAGUUAAUAAUAUCUGUUAAAUUGUUAUAUUCUUAUAGAAAAUGUUUUAAAUCCUUAAAAUAACUUAUUUUUAAUAAGUAAUUUUUGAUAUCUCAGCAGUGAUGUGAAUGAUGCCAGAUGCUUCUUUGUUUAAGCAUCGCUCGUUGAAUUUCAUUAAUUUUGCCAGUCAUUUUGAGACAGUGAGUUCUUAUUGAAAAGUGAUCUGCUGGUGUGUUGUGGUAUGUUCUGCUAGAGAUUGGUGGAAGGGCAUUGUGUUUUUAAGAUGAACUGACGUAUUGAUUGUUUCCGUACACGUGGUUAUUGUUGCAUUUCAUCUGGCUGCAAACAAGCAGGGCAGAAGGAAGAGGUCAAAGAUCAUGCUUAACUUGCAACUCCUAACCAACCUUUUUCAGUGAUAAGUAGGUAUGAGCAUCAGUUUUGGAUCAACUCAAACAAUAAAGUCUGAACAAGGCAGAGGUGAGUUUGUAGUAAUUUGGUAGCACAGUAAUCUUGAUGUUCACCAUAAAAUUACAUCAGCAUUAUUUCUGCCCAUAAAGUUGCCUUAAUUGAAUGGGCAGAAGUGCUGCUGGGUGAGUGUGUGCUGUCUUUAUGUUGUGAUUUUUUUCAUUGUUGGGAGUCUUGGGAACAAAAUUUUUCUCAGUCUUUUAAUAAAACCUGUAUAGAUAUUGAGCAGGAAUCAGUAUGAGAUGUCUGCAGCCUAGUCUUCUAGGAGGCCAUUAGAUGAGCCAAAUGGUCUUUAUCACCUUUUAAUUUGUGCAUAUUGGUACGUAUAAAUUCUGAAGUCCAAAAUGUUGCUUCAUUCAGGUGUUUUGCCUGUGUUCUCACUUUUUUCCCACCUCAAUGCGAGUUUCUCUGUUGCAAACAUUUUCUUGGUUUUGCAGUUCUCAAACUAACCUUCUAAAUGGUGAGGUGGCAUUAGCUAUGUACCAAAGAUUAUUCUUAGCUAUGUACCAAAGAUUACCUUAAUUUCCUCAGUUAUUCAUGCAAAUGUAAUAAUAACAAAUAAAAAACAGGAAGAAGGAGAGUUCUCACUGUAAAAUAGUUAAAAUAGAACAGCUGUGACUGGCUUUAUACAUAUGUAAUUUUCAAGCAAUUUUAAAGUAUCUCCUUAAGUCACAGAUUGCCUGUUUUCAUUUUGGAAAGAGGAAAAGUGUCCUUCACCUCUUCUGUAGUCAGGAACUUACUUUUUUUACUAGAUGGAGCUGAAUGACAGGGAGUUAAUGAAUUUACCAGUACAGUGUUGAUGAGGUCUGGGGAAGCCAUUGCCAAGUCACUGCUUCUUUCUCCUACCAAGUACCUGAUUUAGUACCCUGUGCUCAAGCAGCAGUCAUGGGCCACUGAGACAAAAUAAUGCCUCCUGUUCCGAUAUCAGUGAAGAGGUCUGUCCUUGACUCCAGACAAAUGAGAAGGUUCAUGUGUUGAGCUCAGCUUCUGCAGUUCUGAUGUUUGUGGGUUUGUGGGGUUUUGUCUUUGCAGGAGCUUCCUCUUCUGUUGUACUUAAAAAGCUGUCCAGGGCUUUAGCCUCAGCCAGUAUUAACAGCGUGGAUUUAGGCUUCAUGAGUUUAGGACCCUUUCAUAAAUUUUUCCACCAAUACCACCACUGAGAUAAUUAUGAAUGGCUGUAGCUGACUUUUGCUAAUAAAAAGAUCAGAAAUAGCAGAAGAAAUUCCUCUGUGGCACAGGAGUUAUGUUCCAUAUCUUAAAAACAUCUUUUUUACAAGACGUAGCAUGAAAUAUUGAUACCAUGGUUCCGUGCAACAGGCUUGUGCAAUUUCUUGUACGUUUUGGUUUUGUUGGCUGCUUCUGCUGACACUAAAAUUUCUUAAUCUAUUUCUGAUAACAGUGUCAAAAGCAGAGAAUUUAAAGGGGAAAAUAACCAAGUGGUUUUCACUUGUAAAACCGGGCCUGUUAGAAAGAGAACAGCAGUCCAAUGCUUUCAUGAGGUCACAACUGUCUUUUUUCUGUUUUAAAAAGGUUUCUUCUUUCUGCAGGCUUAUGAUGAUGUAUAUUAAUGACUUCUAGAAAGUGGCCCUUCUGCCAUCAGCACUCUGUUGGGGGGCACAUAAGCUCUUUGUAAGGAAGUGCAACCCUUCUGCUACACAAACACUGCUGCCCCGGGCCCCCUCAGUUUAUUUACUAUUAUAGAAAAAAUAAAAAAGUUGAGUUCUCUCUUGAGCUAUCCCUCAAGCUAAGUAUUAAAUUUAGUGUCUUUCAUGGUGUACAGUACCACUGGUAGGGGAAUGAAGGAAAGUCAGAUUUCAAGCAAAACAAAACAUGUAGUUAUCAGUAGCUAUUAAUUUUUUUUUUUUUUUAAAGGUAAACUCAGGAAGAGAACUCAGCAUUUAAAACAUAAUGCUGUCUUUAGUUGUUGAUAACUACAAAAAUCUCCAUCUUCUAAACAUGGGUAGCAGUGGACUUUUAGCUUGGUUUCUAUAUUUAGGCAUUUUUCUUUUCUGAGAAUCCUUUAACAGUGCAGUAGAACUACUGUCUGUCUCUUUGCUUCCCCAUUUAAAUCACAGUAGAGUUUAACAGAACUGAAAUUAAUUUAAGAACAGCGUAGUUUCAGCUAUUAAAAUGGAAAGUUUAAAGUUUAAGGAAAAGUAUGAAUUUCUUGCAGGACUGUCUUUUUAUCAAUUACUGAAACUGCAAUGCUGAUGGGUUAAGGGAAAACAACUUUGUGAUUUAACAUUUUGAUGUGAACUUUCUUGGGUAUCUCUUCCUAUAUUAAACUGACAGAGAUGAGGGAGUGGCUAGAGACAGUAGUGAGACCUGUACUUAAGAAUAGAAAAUAAGACCUUGUUAAAACUUCACAAAAGUAUGAGUUUCAUCGUAUCAAGUGUUUAUCCUUGUACUACAGAGUUAAAGUUCUGUUCAAAUGGUGUUAGGUGUUAAAUAUUAUUAAAGGCUAAAGAUGUUUUAUAAACAUUGGAACAUGAAUGUAAUCACUUACCAAAUGUCUUUGAUGGAUUAUUUGUUUAACCAUUCAAUAAUGCUGGGAAAAAUCAUAGGUCUUAUUUAUGAAUGCACUUUAGCUAGCUCAUUCAUUUUAAACAGGCAUAUUUUAGUGUUAGAAAAAUCUACAAAUCUGUGCUGCUUCAAGCACUUUGCUGUAACUUAACCAUUGUGCAUUUUCUAGAAAUGUCAUUAGAUAUCACAGUUAACUCAGAAAAGCAUACCAGAAUACAUUAAUAAAAAUAAAAUUUAAAAAAAGCGAUUUAUUGUCUAGCAGUUUAUCAGUUAAUCUUGGUUAGGCCAUAUAUACAUCCAAUCUGGAAAGCAGAAUUUGGUUUUGGAAUGUGAUCAAAGAGUAAGUUUAUUCUCCUCUGGAUCAUGUAGCACAAACUUUUUAGAAAUAAAGGGCAGGGAUCAAGAAUGUGUAAUCCCAUCAGGGAGGAAGAAAGGUCAGUCCAAGGACAUUUGUUCCAUUCACUGUAGUGUGCUGUUGUACCUGAAAAUAAAAUGCUGUUUGCAGUAA